GUGUCUCAGUACAGCUCGGCCAAUCGUAUGUCUGUGGAGAACCUUGCCAGCAUCUUUGCUCCUAACUUUCUGCGCCAGGCUGAUGAUGAUCCCGACAUUGAAAUCUCGGCCUCUUCUAUCAUAAAUCUCACAGUUGCUGGAUUCAUUCGCCACCACGAACGCCUUUUUCCACGACAUUUGCUGAGGCUACAACAUCAACUCCAUUCGGCUGCUUUGGCGGCUGCUGACGGUGGUCGUCCUACUGGCUGUGCCACUGCUUGCGAAGCGGUCUCGAGAUGCAGUGCCACUCUCGAUUCAUCUUCGCGUUCUUCUCGUAACUUAGUUGGACUGUCCAAUUCAGGCUCUUCAACCUCAGGCCAAUCGGCACAGUCUUCUUCCCAGGCCACUCUUAGUACUCUGGCUACAUUUGAGCAAACCGGUGACAGUGGAAACGCAUCAGGCAGUAGCUCGUCGGGCGGUAGCGGACUUAGCAGCCUGGGCUCGAAUUUAGGUCUUGGACAAACCGGUCUUCGAUGGGAUAGGCAGACUAAUGGGCUAAUCUCCACCAGUGACAAUAUUAGUCCGACCAUGGCUACCGCGGUAAUACAAAACACACACUCCUGCAUGCAUCGAGGCAGUGAGGCUGAAGGGACGGCAUCUGCGCUUGUCACGACUGUUGAGUCUUUACAGGAGUCAUCUGACACUCUUAGUGGUUUCCCGCCUCUUAGUAAUCUACUUGCGGCCUUAGUACCCCGUCCCCGUAAGCCUGGUCUCGUCACAUCUUUAAACGAGCCUGUUGUUAUGGGCGGUAAUGUUGCCGUAGGGAGCGAGAAGGCCAGCAGCCCAGAACUCAGCGGAGUCGAAAUUUCCUCUGAUGGUGCGACUUUUGAACAGCUUGCUGUGUUCGGCCUGGUAAAGCCAUGCCCAUCAGAUGAGUUCAAUCUGAUCUGCAACUCUGGCGCUGCGACACUCGACAGUGCUGCUCGUCGGCUCCAGAAACUGCAACGAAAGCGGCGCUUGGUGGGCAGUGGCUAUGAUGGUACGGGGGGCUUGGCAGACGCCCUCAUAACUGAUCUGCACCGACCGCCCAUUGUGACAACAUCGAUGAGUAGCCCUGAUUCGGGUUGCCUGAAUGCUUCAGAGUCUAGCAUUCUCUCUCCAAAUGACUCCGUUGUGGAGGCAGCCAGGUCCAAAGUAGCUGACACCGAGGGAUGCAGUGAUCCUUUCAAUCGAACAGGUACAAACUUACUUGCUUAA